AUGUCGGCUUACCGCAUCAAGAAGAAGCGGCCUAGGACUCCUCCGCCAGAGGAGGCGCCUUCGAUCACAGAGGAUAGCCCUGCUGCUUCGGGGUGGCGGGAGAGCCCAAAGGGCGGUGCGGCGCUGCACGGGCUCUGCGCCAUCAAGACGCCCCUCAGAGCGGAGCUCUGCGCGUCGCUCCCGGCGGCAGAUUGGUGGACGGUGUCGGACGCGCUGCAGGCGUGCGGCGGGUCGGCGGUGGGGCUGUGGAUCGACCUGACAAACACGCGGCGGUACUACGAGCCGCGCGAGCUGCCCCAGUCUGUUCGCUACCUCAAGUUCCAGACGGCUGGCCACGGUCUCAUCGAGGAGCAGGCGCGAAUGAACGCCGCUGGAGCGGACGCAGUCCGCAGGGGCCUCCCGUCCGAGGAGGUGGCCAAGGCGGAGAAGGCGGCCUCUGCUGCGGCGCGCGUGGUGGUGCACUGCACGCACGGGCUCAACCGGACCGGCUACGUGGUCGCCACCGCGCUCUGCCGGCUCGAGCCGCACAUUCCGCUCGGGGAGGCGCUCGCCGCAUUCAGCGAGCAGCGGCCGCCAGGCCUCUGGAGAGAGCAGUACGUGCGCGCGCUGCACGACACGUACGGCGGCGCCAUCCCGCCCCUCCCGCCGCCGCCCUCCUGGGAGCACGAGGGGCGGAAAUGA